GUGGCGUACGGCGGACAUCGAAUACCCUAACACCCGGCUCCUGUUGUUAUAAAAUCUGCAAUUAUGAUGAUGGAGAAGAAGAAAAACCUGUUUCUUUUCCGAAACCUGUAAUGACAAGAUAAUACUUCGGAUAGUGAAAUAAUUAGGACAAAUACGAGUUAAAUUGUGACGUAUUUGGGAACAUUUUUCGUUCUGUUUUGAGACGCUUUCCUGCCUUGAUAGAUGAUCAAUGAAGUCGGUCAUUUGAGGAUUCAAAACGAAACAAUUUUCUUACCUUAGUUUGACAUUUUACAAACACCACCCCCCCCCUUUCUAUUCCUACAUCAAUAGGCCUAAGAAGACACAUUGUAGCCUAGUACAAUAACCCGUCUAAACGGAAACACUCCCGCAGAUACAGCGUCUCAACUUGGAUCACUAAAUAUGAUUGGACUGAAGUACAACAUGUCUCUACCCAUGGCUGCAGGGGCCCUGUUAGUGGGCAUCCCCUACUCCAUCUCUCUCGUAGCUCAGUGGAUGUAUGGCUGGCCUAACAAGCCAGGCUAUAAAAAGUACAUUGAGGCUCUGAAGCCAAGGAGGAUAUACUGUCUGACUAGAGCUGUGCUGGAGAUGCUGAAAUACUUCCAGUACGGCAAACUCUACUUCCAGUGGAAGUCCUGGUACAAGAAUGUAGAAAACCACAAGCAUUAUGAAAAGGGAAUCACGUUUGGGCGUCGUAGUAACAAGCUGGACUUGUAUUAUUCUCCCACGGUGGGCCAGCCAGGCAGUGGACCGGUGCCUGUGGUAGUGUUUAUAUACGGGGGAGCCUGGGGUUCAGGGGAGAGGUCCAUAUACUGUCUACUGGCCAUGCAGAUGGCUAAGGAGCUCAGCGCAACGGUGAUCUGCCCGGACUAUUGCACCUACCCAAAGGGUAAUGUUUUGUGUAUGGUUCAAGAUAUUGCGGACUGUCUCAUUUGGGCGAGGGACAGCGGCCAUAAAUUCAACUUCGACAAAGAUAACAUUGUGUUAGUCGGCCACUCCGCUGGGGCUCACCUAGCAGCUCUAACCGUGUUGUUCAUGGUCGAGGGACGAGACGAGCUCUUUAUAGAAGCCAAGAAGCAGACAGAGAUCACCAUGGCAAUCAGAGGAGUAACAGGUUUGAGUGGAGUGUACAACAUCGUGGACCACUACGAGCAUGAACAGAUGAGAGCUGUGGAGUAUGUCUCUACGAUGCACAAAGCCAUGAAUGGACUAGAGAACUUCCCUUAUUACUCACCAACACACCUACUGAAGAAAUUCAGCGAGGCACAACUGAAAAGAGUUCCACCCUUUUGCUUACUCCACGGGACCAACGACAUCAUAGUUCCGGUGGAAUCUUCCCAGAGGUUCUCUGAGCUGCUCACGGCCCUGUCAAUCAAGGUGUCCCUGUACCUCAUGCCUAAAAUGGACCACACCGAGAUAGUCACAGAUCUCAUGGCGACAGACAGGCACUUCUACAAAACAGUGUACAGCUGCAUCAAACAGGAGUACAGCAAGUUCAUAGGCCAGGUCUGUGACUGCUGAAC